AUGAACAUCUUUGAAGUCUGCUUUGGCCUUGAUCACCCCUACUUCCUGCAAACACUUGCCCUCUGGACCUAUUUGGAUACGAAGGCAGAAAAAACAGAUGCAGAACUAAUCGCACUGACGAACUUCUCCGAUAAUCGCCCCGUUGAUAUUGUGAAACUGCUCGAGAAUGCGCUCUGCUUUGGCCUUGAUCACCCCUACUUCCUGCAAACACUCGCCCUCUGGACUUAUUUGGAUACGAAGGCAGACAAAACAGAUGCAGAACUCAUCGCAUUAACGAACUUCUCUGAUAAUCGCCCCGUUGAUAUUGUGAAACUGCUCGAAAAUGCGCGUAUGUUGCCGUCCGAAGAGGAAUUGGAGCAGAAGAAAAAAGAGUUGAAAUCCUGA